UUUGUGGGAACAGCUGCAGUGGUAACUACGGUAGUUAGAGUUUUGGUGAGACCUGUUUAAAUAUGAAUGAUUCAAAACCACAGACAGAUGUAGUAAAAUUGAGCUGUAGACUUCUGUAGCUGCUCUCUUAUAGCACUUCUUAACUGAUGUAAGUUCAUGGGCUAAGCCUAUUUUCAGUGUUCGGGGAAGUGGAGUAACCUUGGGUCACCUAGGCACCCACUGCACAAUAUUACUAUUGUAGCUACUAUAUAGACAUUCAGUACUUUAUUACAAGUGAUUUGCGUGCUGUAUACUAUAAUAAGAUGUUAUGUAAAUACUAUUUGUUUGAGAUAGGGAGUGACUUUUCAAUUAGGAUUAAGACCAGCCUUUAUUCAGUCACCUGCAGAACAAUGGGGUCUUCCAUGGGGAAAUAGGAUUAUUAGCUUCCAGGAGCCCUCUCUGUGAAGAGCCUUAGUACUACGUAGUUAAUCACACACACACACACACACAAACACAUUGACAUAUACAUACCGGUACUCAGAUGUAGUUGAUUUCCAUAAAGUCGACAGAUUGAGAAUUGCAAAAUGUAUCGUUUUUGUUUGAACUAAAGUAUUUCUACUAUAUAAAUGAAUGACCUGAAUCGGUUCUUCCUGAUGCAUAGACCAUGCUUACAUAAAGUAUGCUUAAUUGUUUAGGCGCAAAAUGUCUAGCUAGCGAUUACUGAAUGGCCCUGUCAUGUGAGUUUUGUUUUGAGCCAAAGCACUUCAGCACAGCCUCCAUGUAAGGCUGCUGUACGCCACACUACUUGGCCCUGUAAAGCGAGCUGAAGUUACAUCACCCAGCACAUGGCAGCUCAGUUGUCUCUCACUCACUUAGCUUCUGACAAAGUUCAGGUUUGGUAACAACGCUUUAGCUGCUUUGUGGGUCUUCCUCAUAGUCUGUGUUUUACUGAACGCCUCCCUCCAUUCAGUGGUGUAUUAGGGCAUCUGUUAAUGUAACUCUAUUCUUCCUGUGACCUAAGCCCUCUUUAUCAAUGACGAAUGCAGUGUUUUGAACGAAUGACCAUAAUAAGUCAAUUGCGUUCAUAAUAUGAGUGAAUUAACAUGGACACAAGUAUCCUGGUUAUGGUGAUUGAUGUGAUAUGGUGUUUAGAACAUGAUGUUUAGGGAACAGAAACCUGGCUUUGCAGGUCAUAUAAUCAGAUCGUACAGUCAGCACACAGCAGCUCAUUUGCUCCUUUGUCAGGGACAGUGUUUCAAGCAUCUAACAGUUACCAGCAAUACUGCUUGUGCAACACAGACAUUAUUCUGUGGCUGGUCAGGCUAUUUACCACUUACACACAAUACUACUAGCAUAGCACAGACAUGUGGCUGGUCACAGUAUCUGUCUCCACAAUUUUAUCCGAAGUUAUGAAAUGAAAAUGAAAAAAAGCUGUUAGUUCCUGUGUCAGAACAGGGUUAAUACAGUCCAGAUGGUGAAAAAAUUAUGACUAAUCUAAUUGCACUGAUGUGCCCUGUGAAAGACGCCUGUAGUGACUUUGCCGUCUACCUUCUGAAUUUUCUCACUGGACUCUCCUUACUCUAACUCUAUGUGUGUUUGUCCCAAACUCUUUUGCCAGAUCAGUUCUGUAUAUGGACCAGGUCUGGGCCAAGUCCUUCCCAUAAUCGGCAGCCAUGAUUUUGAUGACUUAUGAUUUAUGAUCGACAACUUUGUUAUAGGAUCCCCAGUAGCUAAUGUAGAACAUCAGCUACCGGGCCCCGCACAAAACAUAAAAACAUGACAACAGAUAUAACACUUACAGAAAAAGACAACCUGAAAUAAACAUCUGGGUUAAACAUGUGUGUCUAUAGAGGAAUAUCAUGUUCUAGCUCUCAGAGCUCAACACAGUUUAACAUGACGGAUUCAAGACUUAACACAAUAGCAUCGGUGUGUAGAUACUAUUGCUGACAAGCACAUGUUUGGUGAGAGAAUGUUUCGGCAGGGAUGGGAAUCAUCGGGAGGUCAAUACUGACUGGCUAGGGAAGCAUUAGUGUUGGACUUUUUCACAGCGUACAAAUAAGACAGAUAAACCAUGUGCUGAGGAUUUUACAAAGCAAAUAUAUUUGUACACUGAUACAUAGAUAUCAUGGUAUCCUGCUCCUUAAGUUUGCUAUAGUCUUCAGUGUUAUAUAGCACCCAGUAUAUAUAACACACACACACUCACACAGAGAAAUGUGUGUGUUAUGUAUUUUCUCGAGAUAAUGGCGUGUAAUACUGUUACAUAAAACAGUUGGAUUCAUGCACUGUGAAUGGACACAGGGUUUUCCCUCUCUCUCUCUCUCAGACACACACACACACACGCACUAACACACAGAUUGCAGAUUACGAAUUGUGGACUUGUCUUAAAGGAUAAAGUGAAAGGAUAAAGCUUUCUCCGCAGCAGUGCUGUACACACACAGGCUCAUUCAGGCAGCAAAGGGCCACAGCGUGAGUGUGAGGGGGUGAGGGCCACAAAGACCAGCCACCGCGGAGAAGGGAACAGGUAUCUGAAGAGACACCAGCAACACACCACCACCUCAGCUUCAGCAUGGAUGCAAUGUGGGGUGUGUACGACUUUUUGAGCACGGAUGACAUGUGGAUGUAUGUGGCGGGGGCGGUGGUUGUCAUCUGGAUGGCGGUCUGGUUUUACUUGGACAGCAUGGAGGUGGACAGGAUCAAUGAGAAGUACGUGUUUGUGACGGGCUGUGAUUCGGGCUUCGGGAACAUGCUGUGCAAGCGACUGGACCGGAAAGGGUUCCGCGUUCUGGCCGGCUGCCUCACAGAGAAGGGGGCGGACGACCUGAAGAGGGCGACAGGGCCGUACCUCAAGACUUGUUUGCUGGACAUCACCAGCACCGAGAGCAUCCAGAAGGCCUUCGAGUGGACCAAGAAGGAGGUCGGCGAUAAAGGCCUGUGGGGCAUAGUGAAUAAUGCAGGGCGGUCUCUGCCCAUGGGCCCCUCAGAGUGGAUGACGAUUGACGACUACCAGAGCACGCUCAAGGUCAACAUGAUCGGCUGUAUUGAGAUGACCAUAAACUUCCUGCCUCUGAUCAAGCAGGCCAGGGGACGCAUUGUGAACGUGGCAUCUGUGCUGGGCAGGGUGGCAGCUAAUGGUGGCGGCUACUGCAUCUCUAAGUUCGGUGUAGAGUCUUUCUCUGACACCCUUAGGAGGGACAUCCACUAUUUUGGAAUCAAAGUGUGCAUCAUUGAGCCGGGUUUCUUUAAGACCCAGGUGACAAGCCUCGACCCCAUCGAGAGAGAGCUCACACGCCUAUGGAACAAUCUCACACCUGAGGUCCGUGCCAGCUAUGGGGAGAAAUACCUCGACAAGUACAUCAAGAUGCAGCGGCUGAUUAUGAACGCUGUGUGCGACGCUGACCUGAGCAAAGUCACCAACUGCAUGGAGCACGCGUUAACCUCUGCUUACCCGCGCACCCGCUACAGCGCCGGCUGGGAUGCCAAGUUUGUGUGGAUUCCCCUCUCCUACAUGCCCUCCUGUGUGGUGGACAUCGGCCUCAAACUGGUGCUUCCACGGCCUGCCAAGAGCGUGUAGGGUUGCCAGUAGCGUGUUUUAGGUGUACUGAACACAGGUAGGGGUACAGAAUCGAAGUGUUUGCGUGAGGAGAAAACCAUUUGCCAGUAAAAUAUUGUAUAUUUAUGUGUGAAGAAACGCUGCCUGUGAAUUACUGUAAUGUUGUUGCCUUAUUAUUUGUGAUGCAGUAAAAAAAGUAAUGUCGACUCGAGGCCUUCCUGGUCACCUCUGUGUGAAAAGGCUGUACUGUAGUUGUUGGAUUGGGAGCAUUUGGUUUGCAGUGGGUGAAGAGAACCUGUGAAUGACUAGAGAGAGACCCAGAGUGCAGUGGGCUACGUGAUGGAUCUGGACCCAAACAAGUCUGGUUCUGGCCCAAAAUGGCUUCGGAAUCCAGGCUGAAUCUGGGCCAGACAUGUCCCAGUGUCCGGUGCCAUGUGAAGAUGUCCACAGUGCUUCUUUAAUCAAAUUUCACUCCCUCCAGGAUUUUGUGAUUCAAUGCUUUCCUGCAAUUGUAACAGCAGUUUUAUUUUAUUACUGCAAUAGUUUCACAAAAAACAGUCAUGUAAAUUCGGCAUUAUCUUGUGAUUUGAUUUUUAUAAAACUCAGAAUCACCGCAGCUUUAACUGCAAAUUUUGAGGAUUCAGGCAGCAAAUUCAGUCACAUUUAGCCACAACAAUCACAAAGCAGCAAGACCAAGAUCCUGGUGGGACUGUGUUAGACAGUGAAGCUGGCACGGAUCAGGGAUAGGCUAUUAUCUGCUGCUGAUUAACUGAUUUAUUAAUGUGUAUUUUCUAAAACCACUCACUGUGAACACUGCAUUUGUGAACUUUACA